UAUGAUAACUGAUAUAUAGUGGAUGUGAUGAAAAUUAAACACACGAAGCCAUAUAAAGAAUACGCUUAAAUGUGUUAUUUUUUUACUGUUGGCUUGUAUUUCUAAAAGUCGGAGCUUUAUAAGAGCACUUGAAUGCGUUCUGAGUUUCCUGAUACUCAGUCACUCGCCUGCUGUAAACAGACGGUGUUCAGCUCAACUCCGGGUGGAUCCGACCAGAACCCGAACAGACUACCAAAAACCGCGAUGCACUGGGAGUGAGCAUCAUCAGACAGGAAGGAGGGACCACAACCACUGUGUUUUCUUCAAAGUCAGACAACAAAGUGGGUCCUCUACUGUGUCUACAAUGACCACCAUCGAAGACAGUGAAAUGAACACCUUCGGCCCGGAGCUGCCGGCCAUGUUUGAUGGCAUGAAGUUGGCAGCGGUGGCAACUGUCCUCUACAUCAUUGUCCGCUGUCUGAACCUGAAGAGUACCACAUCACCACCAGAGAUCAUCCACCAGGAUACACUGCUCAGCCGCUACCUGUUCAAAUCCUGCCCGAUGCUGACCAAAGAAUACAUUCCUCCUUUAUUGUGGGGUAAGAGUGGACAUCUCCAGACGGCCCUGUAUGGCAAGAUGGGGCGUGUCAACACUCCAACACCCUGCGGGGUCCGCAAGUUCCUCCCAAUGCAGGACGGGGCCACAGCAUCCUUUGACCUCUUUGAGGCUCGUGGCGACCACAGCACAGGAGAUGACAUUACCAUGGUAAUCUGCCCUGGGAUCGGUAACCAUAGCGAGAAGAACUACAUUCGGACCUUUGUGGAUCACUCCCAGCAACAGGGUUACCGCUGCGCCGUCCUCAACCACCUGGGUGCCCUGCCCAACAUGGAGCUCACAUCUCCCCGCAUGUUCACCUACGGUUGUACCUGGGAGUAUGAGGCAAUGGUGAGCAACAUCAAACAAGCUUUUCCUCAGACGCUGCUGAUUGUUGUGGGCUUCAGUCUGGGGGGAAACAUCGUCUGUAAGUUUCUGGGCGAGAAACAAUCCAACCAGGACCGAGUGCUCUGCUGCGUCACCGUCUGUCAGGGUUACAGCGCCCUCAGGGCCCAGGAAACAUUCCUUCAGUGGGACCAGUGCCGGAGGCUCUACAACUUUGUGUUGGCGGACAACAUGAAGAAGCUCAUCCUGUCACACAGGAGCAGUUUGCUUGGCCUGAACUCCAGCAACAUUUGUGACGCGGACCUGGGCAGACUGUACGCGGCCACGUCUCUGAUGCAGAUCGACGACAGCAUCAUGAGGAAAUUCCACGGCUACAGCUCCUUGAAGGAGUACUACGAGAAGGAGAGCUGUGUGCACUACAUGAAGAAUGUCACUGUGCCUCUUCUCCUGGUAAACUCCUCAGACGACCCACUCGUUCAUCAGUCACUUCUGGAUAUUCCACGCACGCUGGCAGAAAAGAUGCCCAAUGUGAUAUUCGUCCUGACCCAACACGGAGGCCACCUGGGCUUCUUUGAGGGAGCCGUGCUGUUACCUCAACCCCUCACCUGGAUGGACAAGGUCAUAGUGCAGUACACCAACGCCAUGUGCCACUGGGAGAAGAACCUGCCGGCCUGCCAGAAGAGCAGCCACCAUGACAGGAACUCAUGCCUGCAGAGCACAGUGGUAACACAAAGUGGAUAACAUGCUAUACAUAGAAGUCUGGAGACAAAACAAGCGACCAAAAGUACGAAGACUUACAUACUCUUCUGUAUUUGCUCUACUUCAGUACUAAUGGCCUUAAAGUUUAGUAAGUCAUUCUGGGAACUGAGGAAGUCACUAAAUGGGUUAGAAAAGGCAAAUUGGAAGUUGGUACACCAAGUUGUAAAUUGAAACUCACAUAAGAUACCUGGAAAUGUAACAUGACUCCAUGGUGAAUUGGUCCUUCCUCUUGUUCCCAGUUAACCUCCAGUGUAACACGAGUUUACCCUCUGCUGGUUUUGGCAGCUGCUGCUUCUUGAGUCUGGAAAGCGGAGUGAUAUAAUUAGGGGGGGGUGGGAUGACCUUUUACCUGCAUGUGUUUUCCUACAUGAAUUACUGCUGAGAAAUUUCCCAGAUACUCAAAUAUUCAUAAGUCAGCUUACACACAAAUUAGGCAGAUAUAUAAAAACUGGAAAUGUAUCUUAGUGUGAAGGACACAGUCUGAAGCCUUAAACUCUCAACCAUAAUAUACUAUAUAAUAUACCUGUAGGCCAACAUCAGUUAUAUUUUGAAGCAUUUUAUUUAAAAAGUCUUUUGGAAUUUAACUUGUAAAGUUCACGACCAGAUUUUAAGUGCCUUAAUAUAAAUGUGAAUCUGCAACAGAUGUGGUUUCUGGCUACUCAUGAGUCUAUGAGCUACCUCCUGAUAAGCAGCAGUAUGACAUGAUUUACGGUUUACAGUAGUGAUUUCAUGUUCCUUUAACGUGUUCAGUCAAACUGUAAAUUUAAUUUCCUUUAUUUUGAUAUAAUCUCGUUUGUUUCCAUCAAGAGAAGAUUGCUGUUUUAUUGUAGGAAAAUUCUGUUUAAUAACACCCAGUUUGGUGUUAUUUCUACUGUGUGUGUAUAUAUAGAGGCAUCAUUUUGCCCAAUUUGACCCCGGUUUUUCACUUUGCAUUUCCAUUGUGUGCAGUGGACCAUCAGCUGGCAAUGUUGCUGCUGACCUUCAAAAUAAAAGAAUCAGGGAGUCAGGUUUUUAAAGAGUUAUUAAAAAAACACAGACAGAAAGAAAGGCUUUUCUUUCUUUUAUUGAUUUUUCUAAAAUUUCUUUCUGUGUUGAAUGGAAAUAUGGGCACUUCAUACAAACGUGCGUUGACAUUGUACUACUCCAGGUCAGAGUGUCCCAUCCCAUGAAUUGCUGCAACAGCAUGAGGAUGAUCAGAUGGUAUAAUUGUGGACUCCUAAUUUAUGCACUUGGACCAAAGCACUCUUCACUUUUCAAUAAAAAAAGUAGCUCAACUUUGUACUUUUUAAUGAUUCUGCUGCAUUUUGGUCACAUGUAAACUUAUAAAAACAGGCACAUGGCUUUGGCUCAAAUACAAUGGAAGUCUCAUGUUAGACACUUUGAACAAGGGCUAAUUGUACGUUUUAUAAGUGACCAAUGUUUUUUGGGGUUUGUUUUAAGCUGCUUAUUGCUACAUGCUUGAUGGGUGGAGUCUGCCAUGUAAAACCAAAAAAAUAAUACAGUUUUUGGUACAUUAAAACUCAGAAGGCGCAUGAAAUGUACCUCUGUUAUGUCUCAUGAUACAGUAUAUUUCCAUGAGAAGUGUACUGAUAAAGGUCUCUAAUGUUGAUAAAAUAUGUGACGAAAUCAUUUGCUUUCUGUGGUUUAUUCUGGGCCUUUGGUGCGAAUGUUGAUUUUUAGUCACAGUUUCCUGUGAGUAACAUCCUGUCAGACGCUGUAAAUAAAUUCAGAGGACUCCACCCAUGUCCAUGCGAGCUUAUUAAUCAACAUUUUAACCGUCAGAAUUAAUACAACUUUAAAUCUCUAUCUGUGAUUUAAAAGUUGAAUGCAACAGCACCACUAUUGUGUCUGUAUGUGCAAUAUGUCCUAAUUGUUUGAUAUGGACUUUUUUUGCUUGCACUAUUGUUCUUUAUGUAUCAGCAUAUGGGUGUAACAUGUAUAAUCUAAUCUUAAAUGUGUUUUGUACUGAUAUAGUGCACAGUCAUGACUGAUUAGUCACAUUUGAACUCACUCAUUAAUAAAUAUUUUCACAUAAA